AUGCGACUGUUUCACCUACUCGUCACUACCGGCAUCUCUGCCUCUCUUACGUGCGCGGCGAAUCCUAAGUCCUCUUGGAGUGACUAUGUUAUUAUCGGCGCAGGGCCAGCUGGGUACGUUCUCGCUGCUCGUCUAUCAGAAGAUCCAAGAGCCACGGUGACCCUGCUGGAGGCUGGACCUGACGGCGGUAAUGACCCAAACAUCUACACCCCUGGGUUUGCUGGCAGACUUCAAAACACCCAGUAUUCGUGGAACUACACCUCCCAACCAGACCCAAGGCGGGGGAAUAUUCCCGUGCGCUUCCCGCAGGGCCAUGCUCUCGGUGGCGGCACGUCCAUCAACUUCAUGUCCUACUCCCGUGGCGCUGCCAGCGUCUAUGACCAGUGGGCGGAAGAGUCAGGAAUCGACGGGUUGAGAUUCGACAAGAUCAUCCAGCAGUUCAGGCUCUCUAGCAGUCUGACCAUCCCAUCCGAUAUUGAGUACGAAAUAGCCGCCAACUCUACGGUCUACGAAAACGGUCCUCUCAAGGUGAGUUACGAGCGAAGGAACACUGGGACCGAGCCGUUUUGGGCAGAUGCCCUGGCCGCAACUGUCGCUUCUUCAGCACCUCUUAUUGACCCGACAGAUGGACGUUCCAUUGGCAAGACAAUAGGCGGACCGCAUACUAUCAAUAUCCGCACUGGCCGACGGUCAUCCGCGCAAGAAGCUUACGGACCAAUACUCGCCACUCGAUCCAACGUGAAGAUACUGACGGGCUCAGAGGUGACCAAAAUCCAUAUCCAAAACAGGCGAGCGGUGGCAGUCAACUACGUCUCGAGCGAAAAUAGGUCGAACCAUACUAUUUGGGCCCAGCGGGAGAUUAUCGUCAGCGCUGGGGCCAUUGGGUCGCCCAAGUUGCUGAUGCUCUCUGGCCUCGGCCCCAGGGAACAUCUUGAGCAGCUCGGCAUUGCUGUCGUCAGGGACAUUCCGGAAGUCGGCAACAACCUACAUGAUCAUCACAACGCAGUGGUCAUGGCACAGAUUCCAGAAAACAUCACCACCUCAUUUACGCUUCGAGCAAACUCCACUCUACUCGCAGAGGCCGAGGCUGAAUACAAUGCGAACGGCACGGGCUAUCUCUCGCAGACACAAACCUCAAGUUGGGUGACCGAGCGGCCCUCUGAUACUUUUCUUGACAGUAUCAACGCCACCUUCCACAAGAAGCUUCCAAAGGAUCGCCCUAUCCUAUUCUACCAAUACACGACAUCGGCCAUGGCUCCUAAUCCGCAGAAUAAGAAUGUUAUAUCCGGUUACGUUAGUCUCAUCCAGCCUGAGGGUCACGGGUACAUUCGACUAGCGAGCGCCGACCAUCGUGAUGCUCCGCUAAUCUUUGCAAAUUACUGGAAUACCGACGCAGAUCUGGCCUUGGAGUUGUAUGGAUACAAGCAGCUCCGCCGCGCAAUGGCCUCAGACAUCCUCUCACCAAUCGUGCAGGGUGAGCUGUUUCCAGGGCCGGAGGUCCAGAGCGAUGAGGAUCUGACUCAAGCAAUGUUUGCCAGUGCAUGGCCAUUCCACCACCCCAGUGGAACGUGCUCUCUGGGGAAAGUCAUUGACUCCCACUUCCAGAUUCCCGGCCUUAUCGGCUUGCGCGUGGUGGAUUCGAGUGUUUUGCCCUCUCAACCGACCUCUCAUAUGUCAGGGCCGCUUGUUAAUAUGGCUCUCUCGCCUCCUCUCGGAGGAGAACCCCUCUCUCUGAAGGCAAGACGCCUCAGCAAGAACUCUGAUUAUGUCAAAGGCGUGAUGACAAUCGAAGAAUACCUUGACCGGGUAGAUCCAUACACCUCUUCAACACUCCGAUGGCCCCUCCUCUUUGACACAAAGCCAGCCUCGCCGGAGGUCACCCAGAAACUCGAACUACAACGCGAAGAGAUCCUCAAUAUCCUUGAUGCCCACAGCUUUCCCCCUCGAGCCACUUCCGCCUUAUUGUCCAAACCGUCACGAAAAGCGGUUAUGCCUCGUCGAAACCAGAAACACUCUUCUCCUUAA